UGUCCGCUGGAGUCUGUUCCUGUCCUAUUUGGUUGCCAAGCCAAACCAGACAGAGAUGGAAGUAUAUGGAACAAAUUUAGUGAUUCCCCUAUAGAAUUGAAUCAGCAGCUCCUAAGGCAGGUUGAACUUCCUGAGCUGAUGCAGGAAGUGCAUCCUGCUGCACCUUUUUAAUGAUGGCGGCGAUGUUGGCUGUCCACUUUAAGUCCCGAGAGAUUGUGGAGCCCAGGAACUUGUAGGACUCUACAACUGAAACAAAGCUGGUGACUGACAUGUUGCCAGUUGUGGUGGUCCACGGCGGGGCGGGCAUUGUCCCAAGGGAGAGGUCAGAAAAGUCCACUUCAGGGGUGUGCUCAGCAGCGCGAGCAGCGUAUGCCAUCCUCCAGGGAGGGGGCAGCAGCAUGGAUGCAGUGGUGGAGGCUGUGAUCCAACUGGAGAAGAACCCCACUUUCAAUGCAGGUUGUGGGUCGGUGCUGAAUGCCAAAGGAGAUGUAGAGAUGGAUGCCCUUGUGAUGGAUGGGAAAACACUGAGUAGCGGUGCUGUGUCUGCUGUACGCUACAUAGCCAACCCCAUUCAGCUGGCAAGACUGGUUAUGGAAGAGACCAGCCAUGCAUGCCUGACAGCAGAGGGUGCCAAUCAGUUUGCCCAGGCCAUGGGUGUCCCUGAGAUACCCCAAGAGUCCCUCAUCACUGAGUACUCCCGUAUGCGCUGGAUAAAGAACCUGGCACCCGGUGCUAACCCUGUGGAGUCCCAAAUGGGGAAGAUGGGCACAGUUGGAGCUGUGGCAGUCGACAGUGAGGGCAACAUAUCCUGUGCCACCUCCACUGGUGGGAUGCUGAACAAGAUGGAAGGACGGGUGGGGGACACAUCCUGCAUAGGGAGUGGUGGUUAUGCUGACAACAACUUGGGAGCAGUGUCAACUACAGGUGCUGGAGAAGCCAUCAUGAAAGUUACACUGGCACGACUCAUCCUGUUCCACAUGGAGCGAGGUCAGUCAGUGGAGGCAGCCAGUGAUUUGGGCCUGGCCUACAUGAAAUCCAGAGUGGGUGGGCUGGGUGGAGUGGUGACCGUGGACCCCCAGGGCCACUGGGCUGCUCGUUUCUCCAGCCUGCAAAUGGUCUGGGCUGCCGCCCAGAAAGAUACCCUGCACUAUGGCCUGUACACUGGAGAACACUUCACUCAGAGCAUUGAUGAUCAACACUGACAAAAUGUAUAACCCUGGAGUUGAAAAAGUUUCGAUUUUCAUUUUCAUUUUAGACUGAUACCGAAUGUUACAGGGGUGUUCAAUAAAGACAUGAA